AAACCUAAAGGUUUGUGGAAUGGUCCCUGGACGUUACUUAAUAACUGGAGCAGGGCUGCAGCAUGGAACUAGAGUCCAGAUUCUGUUUACAUUGGUGGAGCAUGCUGUCAGUCACUAGCCUCUCCCCACUACAGAGAAGGAUAUAAACAAGAGGUGGCAGUGGCUGCAGAUACGAAAGAAGCGGAGUGGGUGAGUAGGAACUUCUCGGAGGAUUACCCAAAGGGUAAGCAAGGGAAGUUGGUGACUCCAUCAGUUCCUUCCCCAGCAGCUGAAUAUUGAGAUGUUUCUAUUUCGUAGAAAUAUUUCUUAAUACGCAAGACCAAGUAUCACUUCUCAGAAUGUAUACUUUCCAAGAAUUGAGUAGCUUUUAAGCUUACAGUGGUGCCUCGCAAGACGAAAUUAAUCCGUUCCACGAGUAUCUUCGUCUAGCGGUUUUUUUGUCUUGCGAAGCAACCCUAUUAGCGGCUUCGCGGAUUAGCGCUAUUAGUGGUUUAGCGGCUAUUAAAGGCUUAGCGGCUUAGCGGAUUAGCUGCUAAAAGGCUAUUAAAGGCUUAGCGGCUUAGAAAAAGGGGGGGAAAGCAAAAAAAAAAAAAUCUAAAGACUCGGAAGACAUUUUCGUCUUGCGAAGCAAGCCCAUAGGGAAAUUCGUCCUGCGAAGCGCAUUGAAAACGGAAAACCCUUUCGUCUAGCGGGUUUUCCGUCUUGCGAGGCAUUCAUCUUGCGGGGCACCACUGUAUUUGGUGGGGAGGUAAAGAUACGUGGUGUUUUUGGCAAAGUAUCAUAAAAGGAAUCAAGGAAAAAGCAGGGUGUGAGCUUCCCUUGCCCCCUUGGUUUUGCUGUUAGACAACAUUAAGGAUGUUUUUAAAAUGAAAGCUCUAACUGUUAAAGUAUUGUUAAUAGGUUGUUUUCAACACAAAUACCAAAUGCCUUUUUAAAAGCAACAAUACCUUCGUUUAAGAAAAGAAAAUCUGGUGAGAGGUAACUUUAUACAAUUGCUCAUAUCGUUAGCAAUUUGUUAGCUUAAUGCAACAUAUAUAGGAUACAGUAGAUUGAAACAAGCCGACUCCUCUUAUAAUUGGCAGCCGCUUGUUAAAUUUCUGGAUUAAAGUCAUAUGGAAAUGUUAGGUAGGAAAUUCUAAAGAUUAACUCUUUGGCUGUGAGGACGUUCUUUACUUCACCUGAGUAUAACCUGGUGGCUGUUGGUUGUUUUCCUGGUACUAUGAAUUUUUAAUCAUAUAAGUUUGCACAUAUUAAAUUUACAUUUGGUUAUAUUAAAAGCACAGUACAGUAUUCAGGGGUGAAACUAUGCUUUAUUUCACUGAGGUCAAAGACACAGUUUGGCACACCCACCCACAAACACGCCAUAGGCAUUUGCAUACACAAACACAUCUCAACACAUUUGUUCGUAACAAGUAGACAAAAUACUAUUUGAAUACAAAGUUUUGCUUUUAAAAAAAAUUCCCCCCAGCAUAAUUUACACAACAGAAUAUCCAAAAUAACUUUUAUCGACAAGUAAUAAAAAUUAUGCAUUUUUUUUACAGUUUUAGGGGAUAUAAUUUAUAUCUAUUUAGAGCAUUAUAAUGUUUUUGCUGCAGGUUAGCUGUGAGAUAAAUAAAUUGUUCUUAUAUAUUAAAGGCCAGAGCCAAACUGACUGAGGAUGGGGGUGGGUGGGGAAUAAGAGUGCAAAGAACAAUAUACAUGCAUGGAAACGUGAAUCAGGAUUGCUCUCUUACGAACAGGAAGGCUGGGCACGCAAGCUAAUCCCUGAAGCCCUGCAGGCUGGGAGCCUCAAUGACGCCCCUCGGGAUAGGGAUUAUUAUUAUUAUGACCGGAAUGUAAUUGAAAUUUGGAACACAAAAAUAAAGAAAAUCAUCAAAUCAUCAAUUCCAGCACCUGGGGGCCACCUUAUCUAAAUUAUAUAAUUUGGUAUCCUAAUGAUUGAUAUUAUUAAUUGUGUUAUAAAUUGGUAUUGUUAUAAUUAGGGUAUUAUUGGAUUAUGAUUGAAAAUUAAUAAAAAAUAUUAUAAAAAUAAAAUAAAAAUGACACCCCUCUGGAGGCUUCACCCGCAGCAAAAAACGUGGCUACCCACCCCACCCUCACCCCCAACUAACUUUUUAUCCAAUUAACUUUUUCCACCAGUGCCCUUCUUACUGGCUCUUCUAUGCCUUUUAGCAGCAGCCGGGCCUGCAGAAAUGUCUCUGAAUACCGUAUUUUUCGCCCCAUAGGACGCACUUUUUCCCCUUCAAAAAUGAAGGGGAAAUGUGUGUGCGUCCUAUGGGGCGAAUGCAGGCUUUCGCUGAAGCCUGGAGAGCGAAGAGGCAUCGGUGCGCACCGACCCCUCUCGCUCUCCAGGCUUCAGGAAGCUAUCCGCAAGUCUUGAAAGCCCGGCGGGAGGUCCGCGCGAGGCUUGGGGCGGCAGCCGCGGCUGGGGGGGAAAUAAUUUUUUUUUAUUCAUUUCCCCCCCCAAAAAAACGAGGUGCGUCCUAUGGGCCCUAUAGGACGAAAAAUACGGUAUUUUCCUGUCAGGCAGAUGAGAGUGAGGAACCCUCUUCCCAGCACUUUGUUUAUCUGCAUGCCAAACUACAAACUGACAAACUACAAUUCCCAGGAUUCCUUGAGGGGACACCGUUUUCUAAGUUCCCUGGGAAGAGGGAUUGAUUGCUAAACCACUUUAUCAGAUGCACAGAAUUAUCCUAAAUUGGCCAAGUGAUGUACACACAAAUGCUUGGGAGGCAGAGGGUAUGGAGAGGUCAAGAGGGAAACAAAAUGCGAAAAAACCCCAGGCAGUUGGUAAUUGUGUAAAGGGAAAUGAUAAUAAUACCCCACCCUUCUGGGUAUAAAUACCCAGCCACUCUGGGCUGCUCCCAGCAAAAUAUAAAAACAAUAAAAUGUCACACAGUAAAAACUUCCUGAAACAGAGACCAGCAGAGGAUGAUAGUUGUCACUGUAACUAUUUAGGGAGUGAUUGUUAAACCACUUUGAUACUUGUUGCUCUCAAACAGGAACAGAGAUCUCCUAACAACUCUCAGCACCUUCAACAAACUAUAGUUCCCAGUAUUCUUUGAGGGAAGCCAUGAGGACCAUUUAAAGUGGUAUAAUACUGUCAACCAGCACAUGGGCGUAGCCAGGAUCUUUGUGGGGGGGCCAGGAUUUGGUUGGGGGGGGUCAGGACUUUUGUUGGGGGGCAGAACCGACGUGAUUGGUCAGUUAAGAAUUUACAGUAUAUUGUUUUACUUGAUUGGAGGGGAGCUGCUCCCCCCGCUACACCCAUGAACCAGAGUCCUUUUUUAACUCAUGGAAGCUUAUGCAGGAUAUAAUUUGCUAGUCUUUAUGUUACCAUGAGACUCUUGGUUGCUUUUGCUGUGAAACAGAAUUAACACAGCAGUUUCCCACCUUGGGAAUUGUUUUAAGCAAAUCAGUUUAACAGUGCAGUGGCAUAAUGUGCGAGUGGGUUCUGGACGCAGUGGGAGUCUGAGUGGUUGUUAGUUAAGAACAUAAGAUCUUGCUGGAUCAAGCCAAUGGUCCAUCUAGUCUAGAAUCCUGUUUUCACAAUGGCCAUUCAGAUGCAUCUGGAAAACCCUCAAUCGCAACUCCAGUGGUUUCCAGCAACUGGUAUUCAGAAGCACUGCAGUCUCUGAACUGGAGGCAGAGCACAGCCAUUAUGGCUAGUAGCCACUGAUAGCCAUGUCCUCCAUGAAUUUGUCCAGUCCUCUUUUAAAGCCACCCAAAAUUGGUGGUCGUCACUGCCUCCUGUGGGAUUGAGUUCCAGAGUUUAUCACACAAUUGUACACUGAAUUAUCCUAACAAGAGUUUCUGGCAUCUCUAUACAGGUCUUUAGGAAGCCAGCAUGGUUGAGCCAGGUAAGAGAGCCUGUUUACUUUCUUGGGGAUUGGGUAACUGUAACCGUAUAGUCCAAAGCAGUUGUCUCAAACUCUCAGUCAGUGACACAAACUCUCCUCACCUCCACCCCCACUCAGCGCAGAUUAAAAUUGGAAGCAUGCUUCACUGUUAGGAUCUGUUGACACUAUGGCAUUAAUGUGUACACAGGUAAGGGGAAAAGGUAAAGGACCCCUGGACCUUUACCAGUCAAAGGUGACUAUGGGGUUGCAGCGCUCAUCUCACUUUCAGGCCGAGGUAGCUGACAUUUCUCCACAGACAGCAUUCUGGAUCAUGUGGCCAGCAUGACUAAACCACUUCUGGUGCAAACACUGUGACGGAAGCAAGAGUGCACGGAAACGCAAUUUACCUUCCCGCCACAGUGGUAUCUAUUUUUUUUUUAUAAGAUAUUUAUUGAGAUUUUCAAAAUGUUACAAAAUAAAAAUAAAAAAAGAAGAAAAUACAAAAUAAAAAUGGUUAAAAACAACUCAAUCUUUCCAUUACUUAUUUUUCAUUAACUUAUUUCCCGGACCUCCUCACGCCUCCCUUUUUUGUAUUCCAGUUCGGUUUGUUGGCUCAGCAAAUCUUUACCCUCUUUGUUUAUCCUAGUCUUUAAUCUUAAAAUAUUGUAACGUUAAAUUUUUACCUAUUCAUAAUCCAUUUUUCAUAUUCCCUUAUAGUAUUACAGCUGAAAACCACUUAAUUUCUAUCCAACAUCAUUCUAACAUUCAUUGAUUUUGCAAUAUUUCUGUAGAUAGUCUUUGAAUUUCUUCCAAUCUUCUUCCACCGACUCUUCUCCCUGGUCUCGGAUUCUGCCAGUCAUUUCCGCCAGUUCCAUAUAGUCCAUCACCUUCAUCUGCCAUUCUUCCAGAGUGGGUAGAUCUUGUGUCUUCCAAUACUUUGCAAUGAGUAUCCUUGCUGCUGUUGUGGCAUACAUAAAAAAAGUUCUAUCCUUCUUUGGCACCAAUUGGCCGACUAUGCCUAGGAGAAAGGCCUCUGGUUUCUUCAAGAAGGUAUAUUUAAAUACCUUUUUCAAUUCGUUAUAAAUCAUCUCCCAGAAAGCCUUAAUCCUUGGGCACGUCCACCAAAGGUGAAAGAAUGUACCUUCAGUUUCUUUACAUUUCCAGCAUUUAUUAUCGGGCAAAUGAUAGAUUUUUGCAAGCUUGACUGGGGUCAUGUACCACCUGUAUAUCAUUUUCAUAAUAUUCUCUCUUAAGGCAUUGCAUGCCGUAAACUUCAUACCUGUGGUCCAUAACUGUUCCCAGUCAGCCAUCAUUAUGUUAUGUCCAACAUCUUGUGCCCAUUUAAUCAUAGCAGAUUUCACCGUUUCAUCCUGAGUAUUCCAUUUCAACAGCAAGUUAUACAUCUUUGACAAAAUCUUAGUUUUGGGUUCUAACAGUUCUGUUUCUAAUUUUGAUUUUUCCACCUGGAAACCAAUUUUCUUGUCCAAAUUGUAUGCCUCCAUUAUCUGAUAAUAAUGAAGCCAGUCUCGCACUUUGUUUUUAAUUUCUCAAAACUCUGCAAUUUCAGUCUAUCUCCAUCUUGUUCCAAAAUUUCCCAAUAUUUCGGCCAUUUGACCUCCAUAUUGAGCUUUUUCAGAGCUUUCGCUUCCAUCGGUGACAGCCACCUUGGGGUUUUAUUUUCCAAUAAGUCCUUGUAUCUUAUCCAAACAUUAAACAAUGCUUUCCUGACAAUAUGGUUUUUAAAUGCUUUAUGUGCUUUGACCUUAUCAUACCACAGAUAUGCAUGCCAUCCAAAUACAUUGUUAAAACCUUCUAGAUCCAAAAUGUCAGUGUUUUCAAGAAGCAGCCAUUCUUUCAACCAGCAAAAGGCUGCUGAUUCAUAGUAAAGUUUAAAGUCUGGCAGGGCAAAUCCACCCCUUUCCUUUGCAUCAGUUAAUAUCUUAAAUUUUAUUCUGGGCUUCUUGCCCUGCCAGACAAAUCUAGAAAUGUCUCUCUGCCACUUCUUGAAGCAAUCCAUUUUGUCCACAAUUUGCAAUGUUUGAAACAAAAACAACAUUCUAGGCAAUACAUUCAUUUUUAUCGCAGCAAUACGACCCAGCAGUGAAAGCUUCAAAUUUGACCAAAUUUCUAAAUCUUUUUUCACUUCAGCCCAGCAUUUUUCAUAGUUGUCUUUAAAUAGAUUCCCAUUCUUUGCUGUCAUGUUAAUCCCCAGGUAUUUCACUUUCUUAACCACUGUUAAACCUGUCUCAUUCUGAAACCUCUCUCUCACAAUCGGUGUUAAGUUUUUCUCUAAAACCUUGGUUUUUAACUUAUUCAGUUUAAAUCCUGCAACCUGACCAAAUUCUUGAAUCAGUUCUAAAACCCUUUUGGUACUAGAUUCUGGCUCCUGUAACGUCAAUACUAAGUCAUCUGCAAAUGCUCUCAAUUUGUACUGUUUGGCUCCGACUUGUAUACCUUUAACCAACUGGUCCCUUCUAAUCAUAUUCAGCAAAACCUCCAGGACCGAUAUAAAAAGCAAUGGGGAAAUUGGGCAACCUUGUCGUGUCCCUUUUUCUAUCUUAAAUUCUUCCGUCACCACAUUAUUUACAAUUAGUUUAGCCUUUUGUUCUGAAUAAAUUGCACUUAUACCGUUUUCAAAGCCUUGGCCUACCCCCAUCCCCUGUAGGUUCUUCUUCAUACUUGCACUGGCAUGCUUUCAAACUGCUAGAUUGGCAGAAGCUGGGACAGAGCAAUGGGAGCUCACCCCAUCGCGGGGAUUUGAACCGCCGGCAAGCCCAAGAGUCUCAGUGGUUUAGAACACAGCGCCACCUCCAUCCCAGUACACAGACACUGUUUCUGUGAAUGUAUUUGUGUGCCUUCAUCCGCAUAGGAGUGCUUUUAAUUUUAUGUUUCCAAAAUCUAUCUUAAUGUUCAUGCACACUAGUAGGCAGUACUUGGUUAAAUGUGUGUGUUGCCCCAUGCUUCAAUUAGAACUUCCCCGUUCCUGAAACUGGAGGUCUCUUGUGGGUAUGAAUGCAAGUACAGUGGUACCUCAGGUUAAGUACUUAAUUCGUUCCAGAGGUCCGUUCUUAACCUGAAACUGUUCUUAACCUGAAGCACCACUUUAGGUAAUGGGGCCUCCUGCUGCUGCUGUGCCGCCAGAGCACAAUUUCUGUUCUCAUCCUGAAGCAAAGUUCUUAACCUGAGGUACUAUUUCUGGGUUAGCGAAGUCUGAAGCGUAUGUAACCCGAGGUACCACUGUAUUUCAAAAUCUUGUACAACUGUAUACAUAGUGACCAAGACUAGAUGAAAGAAUUGAACAAAUCUGAAAUACUUUUCUUCUAGUUCUGCAUGGGCAGUUGCAUGCUCUUGUAACAUCUUAGAUUAAUGUAACAGACCACAUCUUGGGCAGCUUUUGAAGACAGCACGGAAACAGAAGCUGGUUAAGAAAUGCAACUGUGCCAUUAUGUUGGAAAAUGCCAGUUUGAAAUAUAUCUUGCCCAGUAUUAAAAGAUUUGCACUGAAUAGCAGUUCAUUUCUGGGCACAGUGCCAAUUGAUAGCUUCCACUUCCCUCUGCCAAGGUAGGGAUGGGGGAGAAACUUAUUUCCUUUCAAAUUGGAGGUGAACCUCCCUAAUUUGCACUUUCAGAAGCAGUACAAGAACCAAAACAACAACCCUUUGAGAUGUGCACUUCUCUGAAUUUUGCAGUGCAGUUCUUCAGCCAAGCAAUGUUUACAAAAAGGCACACACUGUCCUUAAAAAUGUGUAUAUUAGUAAAAAUAACAUUUUUAAAAAUGUAUUGUUUUAGAGAAAUUGCUUUGCAAAAAAAAAAAUGUGUGCACUAAGGAAUAUUGCAUAAAAAUGUAUAUAUUAGGAGAAAUCAGCAUUGAAAUGUUGGUAAAUUUUCAUGAGAAUUUGUUUGUAUUUGCUUUUAAAUCAAGGUGAUAUGGAAAUGUGAACUGAACCUGAGAUUGAAAAAUGAGGAACAGAAAGGAACUGAAACUGACAAAUAUGCCCAUCAUAGUUGUAGCUCACCUGAUUUUUUUUGCAUUUUACAGUCACACCUCUGGUUGCGAAUGUGAUCCAUGCGGGAGGCACGUUCACAACCUGCAGUGUUCGUAGCCUGAAGCGCCGCGUCUGCGCACGAUGCAAUCCGGCGUUUCUGCGCACGCGUGUGACAUCAUUUUGUGCUUCUGCACAUGAGCGAGCACCGAAACCUGGAAGUAACCCGUUCUGGUACUUCCGGGUUCUGUGCGGUCUGCAACCCGAAAACGCGCAACCCGCAGAGUUCGUAACCCGAGGUAUGACUGUAUAUGUACUUGAGAUCCAUUAUAUCUUAUUAAAACAAGUCUCUCUUUCAGUAAUUGCAGCUUUGGGAGGUGCAGCCGGCUUGGGUAAGUAAUCUGGAUUUCCAGUUGGGCAAAUUUUGGUGAUUAUUUUGCUUGCAGCAGCACGAAUGAAACUUGCAAGUCAUUGGAAAUGGUGGAGUUCACAAUGAAAGUCUGGCUUGAUGAGAGCUGUGAAAUGGCUUUGACAGAACACCUGGCAUAUCAAAACAGAAUAACUGAAGGGAUAGCCAACAGCAUUAAAUUUAACAAAAUUUGGAUGCCCUUUCUGCAUUAAGCACAUAUCAUCAUCAUCAACAAUCUUUAUUACGGUCCAGAGACCCAACAAAACAUUACAAAUAAAUACACAGUUCAUACAGCCUACCUCCAGGUUAAUCAAGCAUUUUGUUUAGAAUAUAGGGCUCAUUUGUUCUUGCAACCACCGAUAAAAACUUUGCCACUGCCAACGUUCUAGCUUUUGUCCGGUCUUCCAGUAGUAACCUGACAUAGUGAGCCUCUGAUUUUCCCAGGAAAGGCACCAGCAAGGGUAGUAUCAGUUCAGCCCUGGCCUGCUCAUACUUCACACAAUGCAAGAAAAUAUGAUUUAUGGAAUCGAUGUCUUGAGCACACGAGCAAAGUCUGUCCUGGUAGGGAACUCCUCUCAACCAACCAUCCAGCACUGCAGAGGGGAAGACAUUUAGUCUGGCUUUGGUGAAAAGCCUUUGAUAGUUAGGUACUGUCAGGUUUUUGAUGUAAGAUGUUAACUCAAAGACAUACCCAUAUUGAACUCCUGCUGCCAGCGGACUACAUACUGCGUGUGAUCGAGAUCGCAAGUCACUGUGUGCAUUGUCCCAUAAUCUUUGCUUUAAAACCUUUUGGGCGCCUUCAUAACCCAGGUAAUACAGUUGGGGGGGAGACAGACCAAUAGAGGUGGCUUUUUUAGCCAUGGUUUUCUGCCAUUUGCUGACAAAUUCCUCAUUGGUCAAAUGUUGGUACAGACCCUUCCCUAGAUUAAACACUGAAAUCCUGAGCCAAUGUUUUAGGGCAGCCCACCACGCUCUAGCUGAAAUUGGGCAUUCACCAGCUUCCAACAGAAGUACGGAGUUGGGGACGCAGUUAGGUACCUGCGGCAGAGAUCGUAUAAAUUUUGCCUGAAAGCCAUCUAGCUUUGGCAGGUCCCCAUUAUGCCAGACAUUUGCUGCAUACAGGAGUUGGGAAACAGGCUUUGCGUUGAAAACCCUUAAGGCUGCUGGAACAUAUUUGCCGCCCUUUGUGAAGAAGAAUCUAUGUAUGGCUAGCUUUGUAAUCUCCGCCUUUUGAAGGGAGGUUUGCCAAUGGUGCUUCCAAGAUCCUGUAUGAUGGAAUGUGAGCCCUAGGUAACUGAAGUAUUUUACCUGUUCAAGGUUAUGGCCAUCCAGCACCCAUUUAGACUGGGAGAAUCUUCUUUCGAAGACUAAAAUUUUAGAUUUUUCAUAAUUAAUGGAUAAACCAUUUCCAGAACAGUAAUCAGAAAAUUUCCUCAACAGAUAAUUCAAACCCUGUCUGGAAUGCGAGAUGAUGGCUGCAUCAUCAGCAUACAACAACAAAGGGGUCCUUCUCAUUCCUAUUUUUGGAAUGUGUCCAUCUGGGUCCAUUAAGUUCUCUUCUAGGUCAUUUAAGAAUAGACAAAACAAUGUGGGGGCCAAAAUACAACCCUGUCUCACCCCCCCCUAGUCAUCUAGAUGCUGUUCGAUAGCUGUCCCUGUCGACUGCAUCGGACCUGCAGUUUGGUUCCAUUGUACAGGGCUUUUAUAAGAAGCCCUAUAUAUCUACAUAUCAUAGUAGUCCCACGCUGUGCACCUUAUGGAGCCUUGUGUCUAGAGGGAGGUCAACACAAGGUAGAGGCUGUCGCCUGGGCAAGAUUUCUUCUAUCCUGGUUAAACAUCUGCCUUACAUCAGAUAAAGAUCCUCUCCUCAGCGACGUUUUGUUAGAUCCCUUUCUUUCCCCAGGGCUACAACAGUUUAACAAGAAGGUACUGCGACUCAGGCUGUCAGUGGAACUUUUGCGAUCGAUUUAAUAUAGCCAUCUGCCAAGGCUAUAUUAAAAACUAGGUUGUGGGAUAUUGAACGCCAAGAACUAGCAGCAGCAGCAGAGGAAACAUGUUUCCCUCUUUAUUUUCAACUUUCUUGGGCACAUGAAACUAACCACAAUUACCUUGAAUUUCUGCUUAACCCUCAAGAAAAAGGGCAUUUUCGCUGGCCAGGUUUAAUUCAAAUCCAUCAAACCUCAGGCAGGGGAAGGUUCUGAGGCAGGGUGGAAGGAGAAAGAACUUGCCCAUGUGAAGACCACCUGGUGGAAACCCUUCCACACAUGGUUCUUCAUUAUAAACUAUAUGCUGAUCUCCUUCAGCAAUUUCUAGAGCAACUCUCUAUCCCCAAAUGGAAACCAGAGUUGGAGGUCAUACAUUUUAUUUUACUGGGGAAUGAUCAGGAGCUCACCAAGUUAGUGGCUAAAUAUAGCUAUUUGGUUUUUUGUCAUUGAAAUACACUGCAGACGUCUGAUCUCCCUGGAGACCUAGAGAUGUGAUGAUAGUCUGCUCUGCCUCCUUUCUUUUAGCAAAUGUUUUGUGCCACUGGGGAAGUGGUAAUUCUGUAUUGAUUUGUUUUGGAUGUUUGUAUGUGAUGUCAAUAAAAGGUUUGAUGAUGAUGAUGAUUUAUCAUAGUCAGUUCCCCUACUUCUAUCAUGUAACAUAUACCUUAUUCUGUGUUCUUGCAGCAGUGGCCACGAUUGUUGUCCCAGUAGCACUGGGAGCAGCAGGCUUCACUGGAGCUGGAAUUGCAGCUGGCUCUCUGGCUGCAAAAAUGAUGUCGGCAGCGGCCAUCGCCAAUGGUGGAGGAGUAGCAGCUGGGAGCGCUGUUGCCGCGCUUCAGUCAGUCGGUAUGUCUGCUGCUCUCAGGACAAGAACCACAUGAUUGGCAGAGCCAGUCUCCGCACCUUGAGAUCUUCAUCACAAUAAUUGUGUGCCUUAAUCCUCUUCUAGGUGCUGCUGGGCUGUCCACUGCUACCACAGCUGCAGUGACAGCUGGUGGAGCACUGCUGGCUGCCAUCUUCCCUUAAGAAGAAGACACACAUACGCAGAGGCCCUAUCUACUUAGAAAAGCAGUACUUGGAAGAUUAUGCUUUGCCGUCAACGACAUAACUCACUUGAUUUACCUUCAGUAAAAUGUGAUUUUAAUCAAUGCUACGUUAUUCCUAUUGGCCAAAAUGUGCAACAACAAAUAAAGCUUUGAGAAUUAAACAACAACAAGAGUGUUAGCAAGAAAGCUGAUUGGUGGCAUCGCACAACGCACAUGUAAAAUACUUGCUGUCCCAUGAGGAAAAGAUCCAUGUUUUCCUUAGCAGGCUUUUGACUUCAGUGUUUUGUGCUGCACUGGGAAAACUCCAUUUCCCCUCUUUCCACAAUUAUGAGCUUCUUAGUUGAGAAUCCCAUUCUGACUGG